AAAUUCCAUAUAUCGGUGUGUCAAAAAGAAAAUAUCAUUGUUUUGAAUCAUACCAAAAGUGUUGAACUAUUCGAAAAAGAAGAGACAGACAAAUUGUACAGGGAAUUCGAGAGAUUGUGAAAAAAAAAAUUUCAUAAAAAAACAAACAUGUCGGUCACCGAAAUGGUUGGAUGGGAGCUAUUGUAUAAGCAUAUCGAAAAGGAUAUAAAAACCGAAACGGACAUAAUUGUGGCCAUUACGCAUUGGUAUUUAAUAAAUCAGGCAGGUUUUCGGUGUUUAGGUACUGGAGACGAGAAAACCCUGCGAGACAACGAAGCAAGCAACAGUACGGAAAUAUUGCCGGAAAACUGGAAUGAAAACAGUACAGCAUAUGCGCUGAGAUAUGUACACGAGCAGAAAGUUUACAUUUUAUUGGGCACCGUGGCAAACGACACAAUUAUCUUGAAUUUGCUGAACGGUGAACCACUAAAAGUCACAAACACAGCACUUCAUAUCAAAGACACGGUGAAGACAUUGCAAGGCAACUUAUUGACACUUGUUCCAGACGUUCGAAAUGUGUUGAGUCGAUUGAAACGUGAAUUACUGGAGCCGGUUGUUGCAUUUGACAGUAAUACAAAAUCGUCAGAGACACAAACAACAACGCCCGAGCCUCCGCGCCUCAGAGGGAUUCCCGACCCAGACAUUUUGCCAAACACAACACCUGACGUGCUGCGAGUUCAACCCAGAAUAAUUGAUCCCCUCAGAGACAUUGGUCGCGGUGACUUAGAUCCACUUGGCCGUGGUGGCGGCGGUAUGUUAUUCAAUCCACCAUUCAACAAUCCAAACCAACCAAACAUAUUACCACGAGGUCCCGAUCGUAAUCCUCCAGGUGUCAUACCGGGCGCUCGAUUUGAUCCAUUCGGACCGAUAGAUCCAUUUAAUAACCCACAUCGACCGAAUCCCCGGCCUGACCACUUACCUCCUCCGGGCUUCGAAGAUAUGUUUAUGUAAAUCGUGUUUUCAUGUGGAUGUGCGUAAUUGAAAGGAAUUUCCAACGAUAAAUUCUUCAUAUUUAAAAUUAUUGCAACGCCGAAUGUUAUUUUGUCACAUCUUUACGAAAAGAAUAAAACAACAAUAACAACAAAACAAAACAGAAACAAA